AUGAAUGCCCACCUCCACCCACAUGCUCGUCACACAACUCAAUUAGACCGUGUCACUGUCGGUGCUAGAGGUGUGUGUCGAUCAUGUGACCGUGUCACUACCGGUGCUAGAGGUGUGUGUCGAUCAUGUGACCGUGUCACUGUCGGUGCUAGAGGUGUGUGUCGUGCAUGUGACCGUGUCACUACCGGUGCUAGAGGUGUGUGUCGUGCAUGUGACCGUGUCACUGUCGGUGCUAGAGGUGUGUGUCGUGCAUGUGACCGUGUCACUGUCGGUGCUAGAGGUGUGUGUCGAGCAUGUGACCGUGUCACUACCGGUGCUAGAGGUGUGUGUCGAUCAUGUGACCGUGUCACUACCGGUGCUAGAGGUGUGUGUCGAUCAUGUGACCGUGUCACUGUCGGUGCUAGAGAACAUUUUGCAGAUUUCUACGGCGCCAAGAAAGAUGAGAACAGCGCGGUACAAGACACCAGUCAACAUCAAAACCCAAAAAUCAAUCACGGGUGUUCAUCCAUCGAUCUUAUACCAGAAGCCGGUUAUGUCGGUGACACAAAGCCUGCUUACACUAGCCCCUAUUCAACUCUGAGUCCCGGAGACCAAACUGAAUGCACGAUAAGCCCUAGGACAAAUUCAAGUUGCGGCGACGCGUGCAUGAGCCCCAAACACCAAGAACACGUGAGCGCCGGACGCACAAGCCCACAAAGCCCGCGGAGCUCGAUCCCGGAAUCGGAUGAUGGAAGCCCGAGGGGGAGUCAAAGGGAGGGGACGGACAGCCCGGGAGAUGACGACGGUUCUACAUCUCCCACUUCCUCUAUGGGUACCGAGUUCACCGCCUUCCGGCCAUGGACCGCGGGAGGUGAAGCCGCCAUUGGCAAUAAUGAAAUGGGUGCGCCGUCCGCAGCCGACAGGAUAUCGCAAUAUUCCCAGUUCCUGUAUCCACAUCUUCUCGCCCAAGCCCUCAGACCCGAUAGUCGCCUGCUUCUCAACAACUUCCUGUUGUCGCAAAGCUACCUGAUGGCCGCCGGCGCCGCCUACCCAUCCCACAAUCUGUAUCCGGAUAUCCUUCGUUGGCGCGCUUUAGCAGCCGACAUGACAUUGUCCACAUUGUCUAAACCGCUCGAUUUGUCACUCGGUCACUACGCAUGCGCGAGUUGUGACAAGGCGUUUUCGUCAUCACAUGGUCUCGAGGUUCACGUGCGCCGCAGUCACACCGGUUCCCGCCUUUUUACGUGUGACGUCUGCAACAAGAUAUUUGGUCACGCGGUCAGCCUGGAACAGCACAGACUGGUGCAUGCACAGGAACGGGCUUUCUCAUGUAAACAGUGUGGCAAGACGUUCAAACGUUCCUCCACCCUGGCCACGCACCUGCUGAUCCACAGUGACACCCGUCCGUUCCCCUGUAUGUACUGCGGCAAGCGCUUUCACCAGAAAUCAGACAUGAAGAAACACACAUACAUACACACAGGAGAGAAGCCCCAUAAGUGUAUGCAGUGUGGGAAAUGCUUUAGCCAGUCAUCAAAUUUAAUCACUCACAGCCGGAAACACACUGGAUUCAAACCAUUUCCAUGUGAGCGCUGUGGUCGCGCCUUUCAGCGAAAGGUGGACCUCCGACGCCACGUAGAAACCCAGCAUGUGGUCGUCAUGGACAGCCAUGAUGUCAGACCGGAAACUAGCCUCUGAUUCGUACUGAUGUCACUUCAUAAUUCGUAUGUUUGGAUAAAUGCUGCAAAUGUGACAUUAUCCUUUAGUUCCGGGAAUGUCGUCAAACCGGAAAUAAGCGUCGUUUAUCCAGGACGUUAAAAUCUUUACGUUGCCGAGUUAAUUGUUGUUUGGCUUAAUUAAGCGCCGGCCUAUAUGAGCAAAUUCAAUGUGUAAGUGCUGUAGUGCUUAUAUGAAGACACUGUACUGUCUGUCAUACUGAAGUUCAACAGCUUAAAAUUGGACACUGAAAUUGUAUCCUAAUAAUUAGUGAUUAAAUGUGAACCGGGUUAGAAGUAGACAUCCAAGAAUUAUAGGAGUAAGUCAAUAUCAUUUAUGUUCGUCGUUUUCGUAGAUACACUUAGAAAUUGAAUGAAUACUUCGGUUAUUUCAUAGUCAUUAUUAUCAAUUCAGUGUUGUUGUUUUUUUUAAAUGCUAUUCCUUGUGCGUGUAUAUUCCUGCACUACUGCGCGAAUAAACCAUGAGUGUGCAUCUAGUCAACGCAGAUUUUCUCAGUGCAUUUGUUUUCAUUUAGUAAUAGACAUAAAUUGCUGUGCGUUUGUUAUUUAUACUGUUCAUGCAAUACCUAACAUGUAAUUGCAGUGCGUUUGUUAUUUGUACCGUUCAUGCAAUACCUUACAUAUAAUUGCAGUGCGUUUGUUAUUUGUACUGUUCAUGCAAUACCUAACAUAUUAUUGCAGCGCACUUGUUAAUUGCACAGAUCAUGCAAUACCUAACAUAUAAUUGCAGUACCUGUGUUAUUUGUACAGUUCAUGCAAUACCUAACAUAUAAUAAUUAUUGCAGUACGUGUGUUAUUGUACAGUUCAUGCAAUACCUAACAUAUAAUUGCAGUGCGUGUGUUAUUUGUACAGUUCAUGCAAUAUCUAACAUAUAAUUGCAGUGCGUGUGUUAUUUGUACAGUUCAUGCAAUACCUAACAUAUAAUUGCAGUGCGUUUGUUAUUUGUAC